AUUAAAAAUUGAUCAAAUGUAAUUUUAUUGUUUGAUGUUUUUUAAAGCAACUUCCAGAAGUUCUAGAUCUUGAUGAACUGGAUGAUUACAGAAAUGAUCUUCGACGACAACUCCAGGCAGUCUCAAAAACACUGUACACAAAGGUUCUUGAAAAUCACAGUGCAUAUGUACAGGAAUUACAAAGAGUGAUGGACUUGCAAGAAUCAUUACACACUGCCUCUUCAAUCUGUGACAGAGGAAGAAGACACUUGGACAAGGCCAAAAGAGGAGUAUCUGUUGGUGGAUUAGGAAUUUUGGCCAAACACCGCAAGAAACAGCAUCUACUCAUUCUGCUUGAGUCUCUGAGAACAAUUAAGACCUUGCAAAGGACAGAUGUCAGACUGAAAGAAAUGCUUGAGGAAGAGGAUUACCCAGGUGCCAUUGAUUUGUGCCUUGAGUGUGAGAAGGCAGCUAGAGCAUUCAAACAUUACAACUGUAUAAGUGAACUGAGUUCCAAUCUCCAAGAGACUCUUAUAGACAUUGAGAAACAACUUGAUGUGGCCUUGGGAAAGAUGUGCAAAACCUUCACUCCUGUAAAUUACGAACGUCUACUGACUGCUUAUCGAUACCUUGGGAAGACACAGAUUGCUAUGGACCAGCUGAUCAUUCAUUUUAUGACUGCUAUUAAUCAUGAAUCCUUUUCUGUUUUAUUGGAUCAUAAUGGGGAAUAUUCCACAGAAGCUGUGUCUGAAGAUGGUUUUCAGCAUCUUCAUUUUGAAGAGCAGUGCAAGAAAGUUGGAUUGGACCAUUUUACCCCUUGUUUAUUGGAUCUCUGCAAGGUGCUGUGGUCUCUCAUGUUAAACUAUCACCACAUAAUCAAAUGGCAUGAGCAGUAUGACCCUGCUAUGCAUGUAAGUGAGGCUGAACAGGAUGAGCCUUCUGCUGAGGCCACGUACAACAAAAAUUACAUUCAGCAAAAACUAGAACAUGGACUCAAUAGGAUAUGGAAGGAAGUCCAAGAGAGAAUAAAAACACACAUUCUUGCACAUGAUCUGUCUUAUUUUAAAUAUGAUGACUUCAUUUACGUCUUGGAUCUUGUGAACAGAUUGAUUGCUGUUGGUGAAGAAUUUUGUGGCAGUACAUCAGAAGAUCUCCAUGAUUCCAUCCGAACACAGACUGUGAAGUACUUUAAGACAUACCACAGGUCAAGGAUGGAUGAGCUACGCAUGUUCCUGGAAAAUGAUGCUUGGGAGUUAUGUCCUGUUAAGGCGUCAUUCAAAAUCAUUGAUCUUUCGGAAUUCCGUUUUAUGAAACAUCAACAACCUCUUCUCAAAACUCACAAAAGAACCCCUUCUGGAACAGUCCAUGUUACCACGGAUACAGGUUUCUUCUCGCGGUACUCUAGUCAUGGCAAUCCUUUUGAUUAUGUGUAUGUCGAAGAUGAAGCUGAGGAUGUCUUAGCAGAGAAUGGAGAAAUAGCAGACGGAGACGUGAAUGAAAAUGAUAAAAGAUCAAGAGGACUUAGUCAAGACGAUGAGGAAGAAGACGAUGAAGAUGAAGACAUUCCAGAAGAGCUCAAAUUAGAUUACGUGGAUGAAAAGACUGGUGAAAUACCUUUAAGCAGGACAGAAACAUCAGUUCAUAGCAGGAAACAUCAGAAAUUCCUGUCUAAAGUUCCUUGUAUAACCAACACGACUCUCAAUGUCCUGAGAGUGUUCGGUAAAUACAUGCAAAUGAUGAAUGUGUUGAAGCCUAUUGCCUUUGAUGUAGUAAUCUGCAUGUCUCAGUUGUUUGAUUAUUAUUUGUUUGCCGUUGCAUCAUUUUUUGCCCCUGAAGUUAUGGUUGACGGUAGUGCCCAUGGUUUGAGUAUAAAAUUGAGGACAAGUUUGAAGAGAAUCUCAGAUAAUCUUAUUCAUCACGUAAGUGUCACAAAACGUUUAUUACUUAUGUAUGGAAGUGCAAAGAAUACACAACACAGCCACAUGUUUCAUUGUCCUUUUCCCAGAUUGAUUGCUGUUGGUGAAGAAUUUUGUGGCAGUACAUCAGAAGAUCUCCACGAUUCCAUCCGAACACAGACUGUGAAGUACUUUAAGACAUACCACAGGUCAAGGAUGGAUGAGCUACGCAUGUUCCUGGAAAAUGAUGCUUGGGAGUUAUGUCCUGUUAAGGCGUCAUUCAAAAUCAUUGAUCUUUCGGAAUUCCGUUUUAUGAAACAUCAACAACCUCUUCUCAAAACUCACAAAAGAACCCCUUCUGGAACAGUCCAUGUUACCACGGAUACAGGUUUCUUCUCGCGGUACUCUAGUCAUGGCAAUCCUUUUGAUUAUGUGUAUGUCGAAGAUGAAGCUGAGGAUGUCUUAGCAGAGAAUGGAGAAAUAGCAGACGGAGACGUGAAUGAAAAUGAUAAAAGAUCAAGAGGACUUAGUCAAGACGAUGAGGAAGAAGACGAUGAAGAUGAAGACAUUCCAGAAGAGCUCAAAUUAGAUUACGUGGAUGAAAAGACUGGUGAAAUACCUUUAAGCAGGACAGAAACAUCAGUUCAUAGCAGGAAACAUCAGAAAUUCCUGUCUAAAGUUCCUUGUAUAACCAACACGACUCUCAAUGUCCUGAGAGUGUUCGGUAAAUACAUGCAAAUGAUGAAUGUGUUGAAGCCUAUUGCCUUUGAUGUAGUAAUCUGCAUGUCUCAGUUGUUUGAUUAUUAUUUGUUUGCCGUUGCAUCAUUUUUUGCCCCUGAAGUUAUGGUUGACGGUAGUGCCCAUGGUUUGAGUAUAAAAUUGAGGACAAGUUUGAAGAGAAUCUCAGAUAAUCUUAUUCAUCACGAACAGCCACCUGAACUGAUGACUGGCGGAAAUGACAUGAAGGUUUUGCAUCCUUAUCUGUCACCUCUUGUGGACUUAACUCGAGUUGAUACCAUGUUUGGUUUGUCUGAGAGAAUCAUUGCUACGGAAUCGUUGGUGUUUCUAGCUGGUCAGUUUGAAUCUCUCCAUGCACACCUGGAGGCCAUGAUACCUGCUAACAAGCGAGCAUUUCUUUCUCAGUUCUACUCUCAGACGGUGAGUACUGCCCAGGAAUUACGGCGGCCAGUCUACAGAAGUGUGGCCUCAAGAGUUAUUGACUAUGAUCAGACGCUUCAGUUGAUGACUGGAGUACGAUGGGACAUUCGUGAUAUUAUGUCACAACAUAACGCUUAUGUGGACAUUCUUGUGCGGGUAAUACUUUAUGUAAACUUACCUGAUAGUAUUCUACGCAUAUUGAUGUUAAGUUUCCGCUUGCUGACGCAUGGUAAUUUGACUUCAAGAGGAAAACUGGAGCAUUUAUUGCAGGAAUUCCGUUUUAUGAAACAUCAACAACCUCUUCUCAAAACUCACAAAAGAACCCCUUCUGGAACAGUCCAUGUUACCACGGAUACAGGUUUCUUCUCGCGGUACUCUAGUCAUGGCAAUCCUUUUGAUUAUGUGUAUGUCGAAGAUGAAGCUGAGGAUGUCUUAGCAGAGAAUGGAGAAAUAGCAGACGGAGACGUGAAUGAAAAUGAUAAAAGAUCAAGAGGACUUAGUCAAGACGAUGAGGAAGAAGACGAUGAAGAUGAAGACAUUCCAGAAGAGCUCAAAUUAGAUUACGUGGAUGAAAAGACUGGUGAAAUACCUUUAAGCAGGACAGAAACAUCAGUUCAUAGCAGGAAACAUCAGAAAUUCCUGUCUAAAGUUCCUUGUAUAACCAACACGACUCUCAAUGUCCUGAGAGUGUUCGGUAAAUACAUGCAAAUGAUGAAUGUGUUGAAGCCUAUUGCCUUUGAUGUAGUAAUCUGCAUGUCUCAGUUGUUUGAUUAUUAUUUGUUUGCCGUUGCAUCAUUUUUUGCCCCUGAAGUUAUGGUUGACGGUAGUGCCCAUGGUUUGAGUAUAAAAUUGAGGACAAGUUUGAAGAGAAUCUCAGAUAAUCUUAUUCAUCACGAACAGCCACCUGAACUGAUGACUGGCGGAAAUGACAUGAAGGUUUUGCAUCCUUAUCUGUCACCUCUUGUGGACUUAACUCGAGUUGAUACCAUGUUUGGUUUGUCUGAGAGAAUCAUUGCUACGGAAUCGUUGGUGUUUCUAGCUGGUCAGUUUGAAUCUCUCCAUGCACACCUGGAGGCCAUGAUACCUGCUAACAAGCGAGCAUUUCUUUCUCAGUUCUACUCUCAGACGGUGAGUACUGCCCAGGAAUUACGGCGGCCAGUCUACAGAAGUGUGGCCUCAAGAGUUAUUGACUAUGAUCAGACGCUUCAGUUGAUGACUGGAGUACGAUGGGACAUUCGUGAUAUUAUGUCACAACAUAACGCUUAUGUGGACAUUCUUGUGCGGGAAUUACAAGUUUUUAGUAUGAGAUUGACCCAGUUAGCAAAUAAACAAAUACCAGUUCCACAGGAGACUCGAGCAGUGCUAUGGGACCACUGCAUUCGGCUUAUUAACAGAACCUUUGUGGAAGGGUUUGCAAGUGCAAAGAAAUGUAGCAACGAGGGACGAGCAUUGAUGCAGCUUGACUUUCAACAAUACCUCAUGAAGCUGGAGAAACUCACAGAUAUUCGACCUAUUCCCGACAGAGAGUUUGUGGAAACGUAUGUAAAGGCUUUUUAUUUGACAGAAAAUGAAAUGGAAAGAUGGAUCCGAGAACACAAGGAAUAUACUGCAAAGCAGCUUACAAGUUUGGUCAUGUGUGGUGUGGGUUCUCACGUGACCAAAAAAGGAAAACAGAAACUAUUGGCCAUUAUUGAAGAUAUGGAACGCUCCAAAGCUCGAUAACAGAUGCCAGGAACACUGGGUCUACUCUUUUUUUAUUGUCGGUUUUUAGCUUAGCCUAGUUAAGAAAUUUAAACUUGUUUCAGAUUAUAAAGAACUGAAAAAUACAGACGAAAACCAUUGUAUCGUUUACAAAAUAAAAUAACAUCCUGACUAGGAAAAGUAGUUGCCAUGCACACAAAUUCGCGAGCAUUUUUUUUUUUUUCUGGGAUCUCUUCCUCACUAUUUGAAUGACAAAUGUAAUGUGCUGUUCGGCUUCUUAGCCUAGAAUAAUUCACAAAAAAAAAAAAAAACGUUUUAAAUAGUGAUACUUCUCAGUAGUUUGUGAAACGUAAUACAGAAAACGUCCAGGUUGAAUGUUUUACCAGUUGCUGCUAUGUACAUUUACUCAAGUAGAAACAGAAAAGGAAGCAUGAUCAUUAGUGUUGUCGUCAAAGUUCAGCCCAAGCGGUAGAGUAAAUGGUAAUGGCAUGUUACUGCCAGCUAUAAAAUUACAGUUCUCGUCAUCAAUAAAGUCAUUAGCUUUACCUGUUCUAGCAUUGAGAUCGCCAGCUAACAUAUUAAACGUUUUGAUGUGAAAUAAUGUGAUGUUUGCUACUAUGUCAGGAAAAUAUCGCGAUUAAAAUAGGGGAAGUCUUG